UGAGCAGCUGAUGAUGUCACUGUUUCACUGUUUUCCCCCCCUACCUAAGAUGGCCGAUGAAGGGUGCUAGGAAACCCACGGGCUAUUGUUGAUGGGGACGAUCGGCCCCGAUUAUUUUAUGCGUGGCGCCGUCAGAGUAAAAGUGUUUUGUUAAAUGUGAAACGGAAUAAAAAAUGUUUUAAAAAUAUAUAUAUAUAAAGUUUGGUUUUCUACCGACGUAAAGGUAUCAAGGGAAACCAUUCGGAGGUUUGGGGAAACGCUUCUCCCCCUCACGUCCAAUCUGAUUCAACAUAAAACUCGCGCGGCUGUGCCUGGCACGAGGGGCGAUGGCGGAGGAGAAGAAGUCGCGCGUGAGCGGCACACUGCUGCCCGUCGAGUCGGUGAAGCUCAUCGGCGAGUCCGUGGGACUCGCGCAGAUGUCGGAGGACGCGUGUCAGCUGCUCGCAGAGGAGGUCGGCUUCCGACUCAAGGAGCUGUCGCAAGAAGCGGCCAAAUUCAUGCGCCACGGCAAGCGGAGAAAACUGAGCACAUCCGACCUAGACCACGCCCUGAAGAUACGCAACAUUGAGCCACUGUACGGGUUCCAGUCGGCCGAGUUCAUCCCGUUCCGCUACGCGAGCGGAGGAGGGCGGGAGCUGUUCUUCUACGAGGAGCAGGAAGUGAACCUGAGCGACAUGAUCAACACGCCUCUCCCCCGCGUGCCUCUCGACAUCAGCCUCAAGGCUCACUGGCUGAGCAUUGAGGGUGUUCAGCCGUCCAUUCCUGAGAACCCUCCUCCCACGCCUAAGGAGCAGCAGAAGAAGGAGGCGACGGAGCCCAUGAGGAUCAUGAAGCCCGGACAGAGCGACGGGAACCUCAAGCCUGGGCACAAGGCCUCCACGAGCGGGCCCUCCGACGGCAAGGGCAAGGACAAGAGGAAGGUGCCAGCGGAGGGCGCCGCGGUGCGCGUGAAAGCGCGCGCCACUCACGAGCUCUCCGUGGAGCAGCAGCUCUACUACAAGGAGAUCACGGAGGCCUGCGUCGGCUCCUGCGAGUCCAAGCGAGCGGAAGCACUGCAGAGCAUCGCUAGCGACCCGGGGCUGUACCAGAUGCUGCCACGAUUCAGCACCUUCAUCUCUGAGGGAGUGCGCGUGAACGUCGCUCAGAAUAACCUGGCUCUGCUCAUCUACCUCAUGAGGAUGACCAAGGCCCUGCUGGACAACCAGACCCUCUACCUGGAGAAAUACCUGCACGAGCUGAUCCCCGCGGUGGUGACGUGCAUCGUGAGCCGGCAGCUCUGCCUGCGCCCCGACGUGGACAACCACUGGGCCCUGCGCGACUUUGCCGCCCGCCUCAUGGCCCAGAUCUGCAAGAACUUCAGCUCCACGACGAACAACAUCCAGUCCCGCUCGACCAAGACCUUCGUGAAGAGUCUGCACGACGACAAGACGCCGUGGACGACACGCUACGGCUGCAUCGCGGGACUCGCCGAGCUCGGCUUCGACGUGAUUAAGACGCUCGUCAUCCCGCGCCUCCCCGCCGAGGGCGACCGCAUCCGGCAGGUGCUGGAGGGCCCGGUGAUCAGCAACAUCGACAAGAUCGGGGCACAGCACGUGCAGACGCUGCUACUGAAGCACUGCGCGCCCGUGCUGGUGAAGCUUCGUCCGGGCCCCGACAGCGCGGAGGCCUACAAGGCGGAUUAUGGGCACCUGGGCCCCCUGCUGUGCACCCACGUCACCAAGGCCCGCGUGCAGGUCAGCUCCUCCUCCUCUUCACCCACCGCUCAGGGCCUGCAGCUCAACCGCUCCACGCUCACCUUCACUCACCCGCAGGUGCGUGGCGCCAUCGGUGCCCCUCACUCUCUCGCGAGCCCCCAGACGGCGCUGCCCACCCGCUCCUCCACCAUCAUCAAGGUGCCAGGCUCGGGGGGGGGGGCUCUAUUCCACGUCCAUGCCGGGGGGGAGCGACGCGUCUGGGCUGCCCCCCAAGUUCAUCGUUGUGUCGGCCCCCACCGGCCCCACACAGAUCCUACCGAUGUCCUCCUCCACCUCGUCACCCUCCACCUCGUCAUCCGCCACUGCCUCGUUGUCUUCAUCGUUGUCGGCGACGAUGGCGACGACCGGCACGCCCACCGUGGUGAAGCUGCUCGCGCCGAGUCAGAAGCUGGCGCCGGGCAUCACCGUCUCGGUGCUGCCCUCCUCCUCGUCCUCCUCGUCCUCCUCCUCCUCGUCGUCGUCGUCAUCCUCCUCGUCGCUCGACGUGACCGGCAAGCCGGCAGCGCCGGCACCGGCGCCCGUGGGGGCGUCGUCCUUGCCGGGCGGCGUCACGGCAAGGAGCAGCAGCGUGCCGCAGCUCAUCGCCGUCAAGCAGGAGGGCGCCGACGGCCAGGCCAUGGUGGUGCUGCGCAAGCCAGGCGCGCCGGGGGCAGGAGGCGGAGCCGGCGCCACGAGCAGCGCGGUGACGGUGACGGUGGCGGGGGCGACGGCCGCUGCCGGUGGCGGCGGUGGCGGCACGGGCUCGGGGACGGCGCCCGGUGGGACGGGCUCCGCUGUGCCUAAACCGGAGCCUGGGACGACGGGCUCGGCUUAGCCCCGGGCCACGGCGGUUGUGGCGGCGGCGGCGGUGGCGGUGGUGGCAGGGGAGUCGAGAUGAUAGUGAUGGUGUCUGGAUAGUAGGGUUGAACUCUCUAGAGCAGUGGAUUUACACCCCCACCCACCUGCCGAUGCUAUUACGCACCGCCUGCACACCCAGUCCAUAGCUACGCGCGCUGCUGCCUCCCCCGCCAUGAGGUUGGUACUGCUGCUUCACACGGCCGCGUGUAUGUACGUGCGUAUGUUGAAACUGUACACGUGUGUGCGUGCGUGCGUGUGGACGUUGACAUUAUUUAGCGCCGUACGUGGCCAACGGUGCUCAACGGAGGUGCGGGGAAGUGGCCGUGGGCCAGUCGGCGAUCAAUUGACUGUGGCUUUAGCGGGAAUCCUAUGGAGUUGGCGCAUUCGCUAAAAAAAAAACCUGUUUUACCGUUUUUAUUUCACCAGGAAAGGCCCCACUUGAGCUGUGUAGCGCUUUCUCAGAAGCGACCCAGCGGCAAGUGAUAGCUCAGCGAAGUGGCUUACCGUGUGGACAUUUCUAGCAGCCAUAUACUCCAAACGCGGAACGUUCAUUCUAAAUGUGGAGGGAAAGAAGCGGAGGAUGCGUAGAAAAAUCUUCGUGAUGACGGGGAGAGCGAGAGAGACGCAAACUCCAAAUAUACAGCAGCAGCGCAGACGUCGUCAGGGAUGGGAUCGAACCCGCAACCUCCUGCAUACCAGGCGAGGCUGGAUUAAAAUCUUGCCACCGUGGUGCCAUUGUUGAACAAUUAAUUGCGUCACAGGUGGAGCUGUCUGUGUUUCAAUGUUGGGGGGGGGGGGGGGGGUGGUUGUUAAAUGUUCCAAGGAUAAAUCACGGGCACAGUGGGUGCGGAGCACGUCGAACGGGGGCGACAGAGCGAUGGAAGCGGCACGCGGGUUGGUUGCCCGGUGGCGAGGCCUUCCUCCAGCGGUGAAUUGACCACGGCUGAGGAUAAUGGCAAUGACGACAAAUAUUUGGCGUGUACGUUGAGCCUCUUCCGCGCAGGACGUAGACCAACCGCGCUCAUCGGAGGUGCGGGGGAAGGACAACAGAGGGCGACAUUUUCACGCGUGUGGCGACGAGAGGUUGUUUGUUAAAAAGUGCAAAUUGUGGGGAAUGUUUUUUAAACGAUUGUGGAGUUUUAGGAGCAGUGGUUUAGGAUCACGGGAAAUGACGCACGCCUCCCGGGGGCCCGGAGGGAUCCCACCGCGCUGUAUACGAGUGGGUGACAGUGAAAAGCGCCACACGGAUGGAUUCAAGAAUUCCAAAAUCUGUUACCGCAGAUUGCGGAGCCGCCUGUGCAAGCACACCUCUGAGUUAGGGACCGUUUUUUAGGCGCAAAACAAAGUUAUUUCCAGAAGCAACAAUCCUUUGUGGUGUAGUCAUAAUAAUAGUGAUUAUUUACGAUCCUUGGUCUAUCUGCUGCUAGAUGAAGGCAGCGGCUUUUUUUAGCCAUACUUCACCGCUCUGGUCAGUGCUGGCAGGAGAAUGGCGAGGUGGGUUCCCGGGACCGGUUCGGAUUUCUUCGCUCACCGUUGAUGUUGGCCGGGGCCCGGGAUUGAACUCGAGUCACCGGGUUCGGAGCGCGAGGCGCUAACCACCGCGCCACCGCUCUGUGUCUUGCGCGUAACGGGCACAUGACGAUCAUGUGACGUUUUAUUAAGGUUGUUUCUUUACACGCGCGGUGACGUUUCCGUUUGGAAGUCGGAAUCGAUUGUUUGUGAUUGGUCGAUUCAUUUGAAACAGAGUCGAUCUGGUUUUCGAUGUGACCUGGUGUGGAGCACUUGUUAUUCUCAAGUGCUUGUGUAGAUGUUUACCUAAUAAAUUCCGUUAAAUACGGCCAAUAAAAGUGGAAAAAAAACACAU